GACGCGCCUGCGCGGCCGGGGCUCGGACCAUUGGGAGGCCGGGCUGCGCAUGCGUCCUGAGAGGCCCGGCGGUGGCGGCGGCGGCGGCGGCAGCUGUGAGGGGGUUCCCGGAAGAUGGUGCUGAUUAAGGAAUUUCGUGUGGUGUUGCCGUGUUCUGUUCAGGAGUAUCAGGUUGGACAGCUUUACUCUGUUGCAGAAGCCAGUAAGAAUGAAACUGGUGGCGGAGAAGGAAUUGAAGUCUUGAAGAAUGAGCCCUAUGAGAAGGAUGGAGAGAAGGGGCAGUACACACACAAAAUUUACCACCUGAAGAGCAAAGUUCCUGCAUUUGUAAGGAUGAUUGCUCCUGAGGGCUCCUUGGUGUUUCAUGAGAAAGCCUGGAAUGCUUACCCCUACUGUAGAACAAUUGUAACGAAUGAAUAUAUGAAAGAUGACUUCUUCAUCAAAAUCGAAACAUGGCACAAACCUGACUUAGGAACGUUAGAAAAUGUUCAUGGUUUAGAUCCAAACACAUGGAAAACUGUUGAAAUUGUCCACAUAGACAUUGCAGAUCGAAGUCAAGUUGAACCAGCAGACUACAAAGCUGAUGAAGACCCUGCAUUAUUCCAGUCAGUCAAGACCAAGAGAGGCCCCCUGGGACCUAACUGGAAGAAGGAGCUGGCGAGCACCCCUGACUGUCCUAAGAUGUGUGCCUAUAAGCUGGUGACCAUCAAGUUCAAGUGGUGGGGGCUGCAGAGCAAAGUCGAGAACUUCAUCCAGAAGCAAGAAAAACGGAUAUUCACAAACCUACAUCGCCAGCUCUUUUGUUGGAUUGACAAGUGGAUUGACCUGACGAUGGAAGACAUUAGGAGAAUGGAAGAUGAGACUCAGAAAGAACUAGAAACAAUGCGUAAGAAGGGUUCCGUCCGAGGCACGUCGGCUGCUGAUGCCUAGAUGAGUCCCCUGUAGGUCAGAGACAUUUUCAAACUGUCUACGGAGUCAAGGCCAAGUGAGGGGGACAAGUGCAGCCUGUGACGAGUGAAGACGCCACCAGUGUCUCGGUGAUGACUCAAGUGCGCGCGUGCGCGCGCACACACACACACACACACACACACACACACACACACAGGUUUGUGUGUGUAUGUGUGUAUGUCUGCAGCUGUAUGAAAAACACAUAUGGCUACAGGCCUAGAUACACACAAGUGUAUAUAUGUACAUGCAAAACAUUGAAGGGAUCAGUACAAUUUCUCCAAAGUACUGUACCGAUCUUCAGCAAAAAUACUAAAGAAAAUAUUUUCAAUAUAUAUACCUGGAACAGAUUUUAAUAAUCAUCAAUGUGAUGCCCUUGAUGGAUAAAUGGACUGCCAUGUGGUGCCAUGUGGUGCUGGCUGGCGUGCUUCCUGAAUGCCAGGUGUGGACCAGUGUGUGUAGUCUUUGGUUAUGUUUCUGUUUCUCGAGUCACCACACAUACACUUUUAUUUUCAUCCCAUCAGCAACAGACUCCUACAGAACGAUUUCUUCAAAUUUUUAGAUACUCCAGUGAAUCUAGAAAGUCAGCUCUGGAUGUAUUUAUAACUAUUUAUUUCUGGGUGGCCACUAUCUUCCAGCCAAAUCCAACAAUACCCAACAAGUAAGGAGUCAAAGAAAAGCUCCUUACUAGUUUGCCCGAGGGGUGGGGAAAUCCUUUUUUUAAAAUUGCCACUUUUUAUUGGAUUUUUGUAUUUUGAAUUUCAAGUAUUUUUCUACAUCAAAUCUAGCAAAAAACAGUGAUGACGGUUUGUGAUUUAUAAUAAACACUAGACAAUAUUCAGACUCUGGCUAAGCAAACUAGGCGGUAAAGGAAGUAACCCUGCGGGUGCGCAGGCCUUCUGUGGAGUGGUUUCUGGAAUUCCAGUGUGGAGACUAUGCAGACCGUCUGUGUUGCUCUGAGCUCAUAGGGUGAGAGAGUAGUGACAUUUAGCUCUUUUCCUGUUGCAAUCCAAGCCAGGGGGAAAUGCUGACGGGGAGCUAGGAACAGUUUGAGUGUGGUACAGGGCUGUCACCGUCCUGAGGCCCAGCUAGGUCCUCGGCAUUGCUGCCCACACUGCUUCCUCCCCCUCCUCCCCCCCUCUUUCUCUUCCUCCUCCUCUUCUUUUUUUAAAGAAUAAUAGGUGAGAUUUUUUUUUUUUUUAUCAACUUUUCUGUCUGAUGCCGUCUUCCCUUGUCAGCCCUGGAAGCCUGACCAGAAUCACACCGUUGAAGCCUUCAGGUCACACACUGUCUUCUUAACACACUACCCCACGGUCCUCCCCCAACCCCCAGAACACAUCGCCCCUGCAGUCAGCCCAUCAGUAACCCCUUUGCUGACAGUCUUGCCCUCCAUGCCCCUCCUCCCAUGUCCUGUGUUCCCGUGGGAGCGAUGACAGAGCUUCCCACCGCAUUGCAGCAAUUCCCUGUCAUCCUCCGCAACAGACCCUGGGUCCCGUGUGCCCUCUCUGUUCAUUUUGUGGGCACUGUUGGGAGAUGGGCUUGGUCACAUCAGUGGAACAGUCACCUGAAGGGUCAUCGCCAACCCCAGGCACUGGAGAACCCAGUCUCUCCCCCAAUGAAACUAACUCAAGCACAUCUGCGGUCUCAUGGGGAGCUUGGACACACAAGGAAGUGAGAGCCUGGUGUGGACUCUAAUGUUUUUCUAACAACUGUGGAGAUUGAGGGGAUGUGUGGUGAAUGUAAAAUACCCCGUUGACUUGGCAGUCUCUUGUGUAAAUUACAGUAAAACAAAGUAAGUGAAAUUGAAACAAAAAUAAAUUUGAUCACAAAA